AAACCAAACUGAGCAACAAGCAGGCUGGUCUGCCAUUGUGAUUGCACAGGACCUGUAGAGGUGUCCAUCUCAAUUGCAGGAACAGAGCUGUGUAACAAAGAGUGGCCAGCAUGUCAGUGACUGUGACCAAAGGCGGAGGGGUGACUGUAUUUACUGUGAACUCAAAAGAAGGAAGCAGUUGGCCCCUGCUGUGUCAAAUACUUGGGACCCUGUGCUACAGCCCAGCAUGCUCUGUGUCCCAGGGACUGAGGAGGCUCCAAGCAAGUUCCCAGUCAGCUCUGGGGACUAUACAGAUCAUGGUGGGAGUACUCAACAUUGGCUUGGGAGCGAUCCUUGUUAGCACUGAUUAUUCUAGCUCACUGCGAUGGAUUGGGGUUCCUUAUUGGCUUGGUGGUGUGUUUAUAGCAGUUGGCAUCAUGUGUAUCUUGGCUGAGAAGUUCCCCAGUCCCUGCUUGGUGGGCAUCAAUGUGUUGAUGAACCUGUCAGGUGCUGCUCUGGCCAUUACUGGAAUUGUGCUGUAUGCUGUAGACCUGGCAAACUACAAUUUCUGGUGGAUUUGCAAUGAUGACAACUACAACUGGCGAGAUGACUACUACCAGGUGACAAAACCACCCAGUGAUCCGGAGAGGGAUAGACUCUUGGCGAAAUGCAAAGAUGCCAAGCAGAUUGCUCAGAUGUUGAUGAAUGCCUUGGACAUCGUGCUCAUCGUCCUUGCAGUCCUUCAGCUUUGUGUCACCAUCAGCUCUGCGGUGUUGGGUCUCAAGGCUUUGUACAAGAAUGGAAAGGAGGGAAAAGAGAACAUCCAGGACCUGGAGCAGUAUAAGCCUCUGCUGGAGGAGGUCACCACUAACCCUGCAGCUUAAAGAGCACUGAUCUGAUCUGAUAUACUUUAUUGACCACGUGGGGAAAUUUGUCAUGGACGAUUAAAGAGUGGUGCUGCUUCCACAUGGAAUACAUAAAUAAAUAGAAUCAAAUGUAUUCUACAUAAAUGGAUCAUCAUACACCCCCCUCCACACCCACACAUUUGUUUUUACAUCCAUAUAGUUCACUUACUUAAUUUACUUCCUUAAUUUACUGUAACGCCUACUGUGACUUUGCUUCGGUUUAAAUGACAACUGACACUGACUAUGUCUUCAUGCUUUUCCUAUGUUGUUUUUCCAAAACUGAAAGGACCGUUAUAAAGGGGACUAUAUGACUUUUUUCUGCAUUUUUAUAUUUUCUUACUGUAUCUUUUAUUCUGUUGGCCCCACCCCCUAAAUAAAUAAACAAACUGUCUUAGCUCAACAGUUUCAAAACAGUUUUACUUAAUGUUGCCAUCAGGUGGCAGUCAUUCCCAUACAAACAUUCACCAUUGGUUGCUCAAAAAAAUUAUUGGAGGUAUAUACAGGUAACUGCCAAAAUAAAGAAAACAAAGUGUCUUAAGGUCUAAGCCCAUAGGUCGCAAUAUCUACUAAGUUAAUAUAUGGAAUUGUUUUAAGAUGGUCAUAAAAUUUAUAAUUUAGCCAUUUGAGGACCCCUGUAGGUAUAUAAAAACUAUAUACAUAUUUAUUGAAACAUUGAAUUUGGCCUUUACUGCUAUAACCCAUAGAAACACAUUGAUUAACACAUUUGUACAUGGCAAAACAGACAGUCCCCCCAAAAAUCGUAAGGUUUUGAAGUGUCUGUCCUAUAUCCUGACGUUAUGCAGUUUCUCUGGACCCCCGCAAGGUUGGAGUGGGUCCCCCACUCCCUACAAUAAACAUAAAAUGCGUCAGCCAGAGAGCCACUCACAAAGUUUAGACUACCAACCACUGUCCAUGGUGCUGCAAUUGGGACAUAUCUAUGCGGUUGCCUAUCGGAUCGAUGAUAGGCUUUCUGUGGUGCCAGGGCAUGUAGCGUAUAGGUUUGCUUUAGCAAAUGGAUACAUGUUUAUUGGUAGGCCAAUUUGGUUGUCAUUUUCUCAUGUUAAGCUUAACAUUUCACAAAGCUGUACACAGUGCCGCCAGGCUGCCAUGAUUUAACAUUCUGGCUGGUGGCAACAAUGUAAUCGCUUGUUCAGUAAUUAAAGUUGGAAAUUGAUCCUUUUCACACAUGAGUGUGAAACAGUC